AAAAUGUUGAUGUACAUUGUUAAAUUGAAGUUGUCCGUUAAUUUGUUUUUAAUGUGAUAUUUAGUGGAAAGAAAACUCAAUUAAGUAUAAUUAAAAAUGGUUAUGUCGGUCCCAAUAUGUUUGGUUAAAUCCCUAACCUCAAAAUCAUUUAUUUCUUCUUCCUCCACCCCUCUAGAUCUUUCAUAGAGUGCUAUCCAUUGAAAUACCUUAUUUGGUUUAUUAGUGAGUUCUCUAUACCUCUUUGUAACGAGAUGAAAAGUGUUGUUAGGUCUAACAUUUCACCAUUAAUUUCUAAGCAUGAUGUGAAUCGGAGUGAAAGUGUUCUAAGUGUUGAUACACUUGGAAAUGUUGAUGCUCCUACGUGCAAAUGUGGGAAAAAGUGUGUCCUAUAUAUCUCAAAGACAUCUAAGAAUCUUAACAUACCUUUCUUUAGAUGCCCCUAUUUUAAGCAGCAAAAUAGGCCACAUUGUAAUUUUUUCAUGCCGAAAGAUAAAUUUAUUGAGUCACAAAUUACAAUGGUUGAGUUGCUUGAAGCCAAAAUUAAUCAAAUGGAGAGAGAUGUAGAAGUUAUGAAAAUUGAGAUAGAGAAUGAUAUGGAAACCAAAAUUAAUCGAUUGGAGAGAGAUAUGGAAGUCAAAAUUAGUCAAUUUGAGAGAGAGAUAGAACUUAUGAAAAUUCAAAUGAUUGAAAUGCAAGUGAAGAUGGAAGAAGCAACAAAUUGGAAACGAUAUGUAAGGAUGGUAGGGGUUGUGAUUGUGGUUUGGUUAUAUCCUUUUGUAUUUGGAAGUAAGAAAAGAUUGUUUAAGUAAUGUAUUAAAUUUGGGUCAUGUUUGUAUUUUGAUUGUACAAUGUUGCUUUUGGGUUGUAAUGAAAUGUAUUUGAUUUAGAGAAAAAAACCAUGUACACUUACACGGUAGAAGAGUUUUCUACGAACAUAAGUGUAAAAGAGUUUUAUAACGUCAACCAAUCAUAAUUAUACAUUUCA